AUGUUCCCUCUGUGCUAUGUUCCCUCUGUGCUAUGUUCCCUUUGUGCUAUGUUCCAUCUGUGCUAUGUUCCCUCUGUGCUAUGUUCCCUCUGUGCUAUGUUCCCUCUGUGCUAUGUUCCCUCUGUGCUAUGUUCCCUUUGUGCUAUGUUCCCUCUUUGCUAUGUUCCCUAUGUGCUAUGUUCCCUCUGUGCUGUUCCCUCUGUGCUAUUUCCCUCUGUGCUAUGUUCCCUCUGUGCUAUGUUCCCUCUGUGCCAUGUUCCCUCUGUGCUAUGUUCCCUCUGUGCUAUGUUCCCUCUGUGCUAUGUCACCAGCACAGCUCCGUCCCUGCAGGCCCUCUCCGUCAAUGCAGGCCCUCUCCGUCCCUGCAGGCCCUCUCCGUCCCUGCAGGCCCUCUCCAUCCCUGCAGGCCCUCUCCGUCCCUGCAGGCCCUCUCCGUCCCUGCAGGCCCUCUCCGUCCCUGCAGGCCCUCUCCGUCCCUGCAGGCCCUCUCCGUCCCUGCAGGCCCUCUCCGUCCCUGCAGGCCCUCUCCGUCCCUGCAGGCCCUCUCCGUCUCUGCAGGCCCUCUCCGUCCCUGCAGGCGCUCUCCGUCCCUGCAGGCGCUCUCCGUCCCUGCAGGCCCUCUCCGUCCCUGCAGGCCCUCUCCGUCCCUGCAGGCCCUCUCCGUCCCUGAAGGCCCUCUCCGUCCCUGCAGGCCCUCUCCGUCCCUGCAGGCCCUCUCCGUCCCUGCAGGCCCUCUCCGUCUCUGCAGGCCCUCUCCGUCCCUGCAGGCACUCUCCGUCCCUGCAGGCCCUCUCCGUCCCUGCAGGCCCUCUCCGUCCCUGCCGGCCCUCUCCGUCCCUGCCGGCCCUCUCCAUCUCUGCCGGCCCUCUCCGACUUUGUCUAACCCUUGCGCCUGCCCCUGCCCGCCUGCUCCCUUUGCUAUGCUCCCCCUGCUGUGAUCCAUCGGCUAUGCCCCCCCUGCUGUCUUACCUCAGCUAUGCUUUCUUGCUAUGCUCUGUGCUCCCCCUGCUGUGUUCCCUCUGCUAUGCUUCCCCUGCUAUGUUCCCUCUGCUAUGCUCCCUCUGCUAUGUUCCCUCUGCCCCGCUCUAUGCUAUGCUCCCUUCCGUUUGCUAUACACCGCCUGCUAUGUUCCCUCUGCUAUUUUCCUUGCUAGAUAAGCGGCAAGGAGGACAAGCACCGCAGGAGCUCAUCAUCUCAUCUAUCAACCACCGCCACCCCAUGCUCGCCCCUCCAUUCCACCCUUCCAUACUCCCUGCCUACCGUUCCUUUCCCCUCCCAUCAGAUAAGCGGCAAGGAGGACAAGCACCGCAAGGAGCUCAACAUCUCAUCUAUCAACCGCCGCCACCACGCCCUCCUUGA